GGCAAACUGGAGCCGGCAAGACCUUUACGAUGGAGGGACCGGAUUGGGACAGCGAAGGGGAAGGAUCCCAGCGAAGCGUGGACAAGCGCGGCCUUAUUCCACGGAUUCUCCAGUACAUCUUCCAGAGACUGUCAGCUGACAAGGAGCUGCAGAUGCUCGAGUUCACCAUCCGCUGCUCCUACCUGCAGAUUUACAAUGAGCAGGUGUCCGACCUCCUCGAGCCAGAUUCGGUGAACCUGAAUGUGAGGGAGGACAUGAGGCACGGGAUGUUCGUGGAGGGCCUGCAGGAGGUGGUGGUGUCCACCGCCGACGCCACCUAUGCUCUGUUCAAGCGCGGCUCGCAGAACAGACGCGUGGGCCAGACCGCCAUGAACAUGGAGAGCAGCCGCUCUCACAGCGUGUUCACGAUCGUGGUGGAAACUCAGCGGAGGGACGACGCAGGGGUGAUGAAGAGGAGGACCUCACGGUUCAAUCUGGUGGACCUAGCGGGGUCGGAGAGACAGAAGCACAGCGAGGCGCAGGGGGUGCGGCUAAAGGAAGCCGGAAGCAUUAACAAGUCACUUUCUGCGUUGGGAAAUGUCAUCAAGGCCUUGGUUGACAUCGCAGAGGGGAAGGUUCGCCACGUGCCCUAUCGAGACUCGAAACUCACCUUUCUUCUAAGUGACUCCCUGGGUGGCAACUCCAAGUGCACGCUGCUGGCGGCUGUAAGUCCUGCAGAGCGCAACGUGGAUGAAACGAUGUCGACGCUCAAGUUUGCGCAGCGGGCGAAGCUGAUGCACAACGAGGCUGUAGUGAACGAGCUGAUGAUGGGCAACCCCGCCGUCAUGGGCGAGGAAAUCCGUCGAUUGCGCCUCGAGAUCGCCGAGCUUAGAGCCAAUGCGUCAGCUGGAGUGCCUGGGCAGCCACUGCUCCCUCCCAGCCCUUCUCCUGCGCCGAUGUCAGAGAAUGAGCGCAUCUGCCGCUUGGAGCAAAUCAUCUCCCAGUCCACAAAGCGAGCGCUGGAGGCAGAGAGGCAGGCAGGGCAGGAGGUGGCGAAGCAGAGCAAGAGAGCUGAUGCUGCUGAGGCUCUGGCGGAAGGGCUUGUGAGGAGUGUGCAGGGGCUGAAGAUGGUGGUGAAGCUGCGGGACGAUAGGAUCAAGCGGGUGGAGGCGCAGGGGAGGUGCGAGGGGCAGUGUGUGCGGGGGGAGGACGCGGCAGCAGUGGAGGAGCUGGCGCAGGAGGUGGAGGUGCUGCGGCGCAUGGUGGAGAGGAACCCCGAUGCCAUCCGCUUCCAGCUGGAGGUUGACGUCUGCAAAGCGAGGAUCAGCGAGUUGGAGGAGCAGCUGCAGACGGGUACGAGCGAGGGGGACAAGGUGGCGGCACUGGAGCGCCUCAACAACGCGCUGAGAGAGGAGCUCAAGGAGGCGUUCGACGAGAACGAGGCGCUGCGGAGCAAGGAGGAGGAGGGGUGGCGGGAGCGGGAGGAGCUCCGAGCCAAGCUCGUUGGCAUGGAGGAGCAUGUGAAGAAGGUGGCAACAGUGGCGGAGCAGUACCGCAUGGAGGUGAAGAAGGUGGCAGUGGUGGCAGAGCAGUACCGCAUGGAGGUGAACAACACACGGCAGCUUCAGCGCAGCGUCAACGACCGCAAGCACGAGUUUGAUGAUGCGCGCGUCCGGUGUGGAGUGGCGGAAGCGAAGGUGGGCAAGCUGCUGCAGCAGCUGGCGGCCACCCAGCAGGCGGAAUCAGUGCUCAAGGUGGAGGCCGCAGAGCACCACGCUCAGAGCGCCGCCCUCGCUCGGGACCUGCAGGCGUGCCGGGCCGAGCUGGCGAGGAGUGUGGCCGAGAGCGAGAGGAGUGUGGCUGACGCAGCACAGCUGCGGGCUGAUUUGGAAGCAGUGCGGAGGCAGGUGGAGGGGUUGUUGGAGGAGAAGGCGAAGGCUGAGGGAGAGGCGACAGAGGCAGCAGCUGCUGGGAAGGAGAAGGAGAGGGUGGCGGAAGAGCAGAGGAAGGCGUUAGAAGAGGCACUGGAGGAGAUGAGGAGAGCGCAGGUGGAGGCGGAAGAUGCUGGGAGAGAGAAGGUUCGGGAGCUUGAACAACAGAAGAGAGUGUUGGAGGAGGGACUAGAGGGAAUGAAGCGAAAGCUGGUGGAGAUGGAGGAUGUUGGGAAGGAGAAGGAGGGCGCGUUAGAAGAGCAGAAGAGCGCGCUGGAAGAGGAGCUUGAGGGUAUUAAGAGAAAGCAGCAGGAGAUGGAAGAUGCUGCGAGGGAGAAUGUGAAGGAGCUCGAAGAGCAGAAGAGGGUGUUGCAGGAGGAGCUGGAGGGGAUGAAGGGGAAGCAGGCGGAGCUGGAGGAGAAGGUGCAAGCGCUGGAGAAAGAGAGGGAGCUGCUGUGGGCUGCAGCAGAGAAGAGCGGGGCGGACGGUGAUGCUGACGGCGCUGAUGGUGCUGUUGGUUCAGAUGCUGCAAAGAAGCGGUCGGAGCUGGGCGAGAGGAUAGCGAAGCUGGAGGAGGAGCUGAAGACGGAGAGGGGUCGGGUGAUUGACCUGGCGGAGAAGGUGGGCGACCGGGACGGGCUGCUGGAGGCUGCUUGCGAGAGGCAGAGGCGGGCAGAGGAGGUGGCGGAGAGGGCGAGGAGGGAGGCGGAGGAGUUCGCUGCUGGGGGGCGCAAGCUGCAGCAGGUGAACCUGGCGCUGGAGGAGCAGCUGUGCUCGGCGCUGCAGGGUCUCCAGGAGGCGAAGGAACGGGUGGAGCGGUUGGAGCAGGAGAGAGUGGGUCUGCUGGAGGAGGCUAUGAUGCUGGAGCAGGAAACGGAAGAGCAGCGGCAGAAAGAGGAGGCGGAGGAGGAGCGGGAGGAGCAGCAGGAGAGGCGUGAGGGAGGAGGCAGCGGAAGCAAGAGAAGGUGGCAGGAGACUGUUAAGGGUGAUGAGGAAGCAGUGGAGGCAGGAGGGGAGGAGGAGAAGGAGGAGGGCGUUCUCAGCCCGAUGACUCUGUGCCUCACAGAGCUCCGUGACGUCACCAACAGGGCCAGCCCGUCACGAGCAGCAGAUAAAGGCAGCAAGGCAGCAGAUGCAGCAGGGAAGGAUGCUGAUGCACGCGCAGGAGCCGCUGGUUCUGGCCCUAGCCCAAUUCGCCUCGGCACAGCAGCAGACAUGUCCGCGCUACCUGCCUCUGCUUCUACCAACGCGUUCCUCGCAAACAGGUGGACUCUGCCCUUUGCCGGAGACAACGUUUCUGCCAGCGUAGACUCUGACAGCGACCUGCACAGAUAUGCAGUUACUGGGGCGGCGGGAGGGCUCACAGGGGGGGAAGGGGGCACGCAGGGCGCACUGGGGCGACGGCUGGAGAAGAAAAAGCGGCGGAGGAGCGCGCCAGUGAGCCAAGCAGAGGCGCAGGCGGAGAAGCUGAGGCUGAUGGAGGUGCAGGUGCGGCACAUGGUGAAGCAGCUCGCCGCCGCGCACGCCCAGGUGAAGAGCCUGUCCGGUAGGAUGCAGAAGGCGGGGCCCCCGAUGGUGCGGAUGCGGGAGGUGGUUCAGCAGCUGCGGGCUAAAGGGCAGGCGCUGGAGCUGGCGCUGCUGCAUACGCUGGAGAGGGAGGCGGAGAGGGAGCAGGCGGAGGAGGAUGAGAAGGAGGAGGUUGGGUUGAUGUAUCUGCAGCUCGAGAAGCAGAGGGAUAGGUUGAGGAAAGAGAGGAAUGAGUAUUUGAAGGAGCUGAUGGUGGUGGGGCCGAGGAACGCGGUGCUUUGUGAGGAGUUGAGUGCGGUGAAAGCGAGGCUGGAAGCGGCUAGGGAGGAGAUGGGUGAGAUGGAGGAGGAGCGGGCGAGGCUGCGGAACAAGUUGGCUAGGCUGAGUCGUAGGCUGGAGCAGCUGGUAACGGGGAGAACGGCAGCUGGUGGACCCCUUGAGAGUCCAUUUAGGGUAGAGCAUGCAGUUAACGUGGAGGUUGCUGCUGACGUGGAGGAUGCGGAUGAGGAGCUCAUGGCUGACGUGGACGAAGCGCUGGCCGUUGUGAGGGAGCAUGUGGAGGAGGUGGAGAGCAGGAACAGGCAGCUAGCGGAGCAUGUGAGGGCGCUGGAGCAGCAGUGCGAGAGGCUGCAGGCUAAGGCUGAGGGGUUGGGCAGCAGCAAGACGAGGGCGGUGAGGGCUGUGAAUAAGAGCGAAAACGAGGAGCUACAGGGUGGUGUGUUGGGAGUGAAGGCUAAGAGCGGGCCACAGCAGGUGGAUGGACAGCAGGAGUGUGAGAAGAAGGGCGAUGGGCACAAGGGGGAGGCGCAGCAGGGGCAGGAGCAGCAGCGGCUGGCUGGGCAAGUGCAGGAGCUGUUGGCUCGUCUGGCUGCUGCAGAGGAGCAGACAAAGGGCACCAUGGGCCGCGCUGCUCUGGCGGAGCAACGGUGCAGCGAGAUGCAUGCUCGCGUUGCUGCUGUGGUAGCCCGGGAGAGAGCGCUGCAGAAGCUGCUGGUGAGCCCUCUGCUGAGGGAUGCCGGGGCUGGGGAUAGAGGAGUUGGAUGGUCUAGGGUUGGAGACGCAGGGGUUGUGAGUAGAGGGGUGAUGGGAGCAGGAGGCGGGGAUGAGAUUGUGGAAGGGUGGAAGGCGAGAUGGCGGCAGCUGGAGCAGGAGCAGGGAGAGCUGGGCUUAAACCUGAACCAGAACGGGGUAGAGGACCAGGAAGGCAAGGGAGAACAAGAGCAUGCGGAGCAGGGAUGUGGGCAGGGAGGGGUGGAAUGCGAUGCAGAGGCUGGUAACAUGGGUGCGGAUGUGGGGCACGAGCAGAGGCGCAUGCAGGUGGAGGAGGUGCGGGGGGUGUUGGCUCAGGUGGUGCUGGUGGAGAGUCUGUUGGCCGUGGUGCUGUGCCGGGCUGGGCUUGCUGGUCUCUCCUCCCGCAUGGAAACCAAGCUGCUGGGAUCAAAUUUGGGGUCAGGAGAGAUGGUGGGGGCAGGAGGGAUAGAAGGGGAAGGUGGUUCGCUGGGCGCGGAAGGAUCAGGUGCUGGUGCAGGUGAAGGAGAGGUCGAGCCAGCGGGGGUGGAUGAAAGGGGGAAGGAAGGAGUGAGCGGGUCAGAGAAGGAGGAGGGGACAGGGCAAGAAGGGGGAGGAGGGGAAGGAAGGGCAGCAGAGCAAGGAGUGGGAAGAGAGCAAGUGGAGGAGGUGCUGAACGCGCUGCAGAGGCAGAGGGUGCUGCUUCUUGGUUUCUUGGGCGUGAAGGCAGAGAAAAGCAGCAAGCCAGAGCAGAAUGAGCAAGAGAGGAAUCUGGCAAACGAGGAGGCGGAACGAGCUAUAGCGAGUCCCAGUGAGGGUCUGACCCUUCCGCCUGCGGCCGUGGUAUCCAGGCAAGUCAGAAUCGUACAGCAGCUGGUGCGAGCAGGAUUCGACGCCCUCAUGGCCAACGACGACACCUGCUGGCUGCGAGGGUCCGUUUUGAGAGGCGUGUAUGCCCUGAGGAAGCUGGUGGAGGAGGUGGAGGGCAAGGUGGGCGUGUGGGAGGCGCAAUGGGGCGAGCUAGAACGGGCCUUCCAGCAGCAGAACCGGGAGUUUUUGGAAGUGGGGCGGGCGCUGCAGCGCGUGCAGGGGGAGAAGCGGGCAGUGGAGGGGGCAGUGAGGGAGAGGGCGGAGGAGGAGGCGGGGCGGCGGGAGGUGGUUGAGAGGACUGUGCGUGUGGCAGCUGAGGCAGUGGAGGUGGAGAAGGAAAUUGAUGAGAAGCGGCAGCAGGUGGCAGUGGCUGCAGUGGGGAAUGCUGCUGCGUGCUCUGGGCAAGGAAGCGAGGUGAGCAGGCGUUUGGAGAAGGAGGUGGAAUGGCUGCAGCAGGUGAAGGACGCGAAGGAGAGGGAGGUGGUGUUGCUGAUGAAGCGCGUGACGGAGAUGGAGGUGCGGGGCAGAGGGCAGUGGGAGCAGGCAGUGCAGCGGCAGGAGGCUGCUAUGAAGCAGGUGGAGGGGCUCUCACAGCAGCUGAGGGAGUCGCAGCAGCAGCUGGGUGGGAAGAGCAGCGAGGUGGAGAAGCUGGUGUAUACGGUGGAGCAGCUUCAAGAAGAGGUCAAGGCCAAGGACGCCCAAAUCACCUCUCUGCACAUGCAACUCCUAGCAGCAACCAAGGCAGUGGCUCUUGACUCCCCACUCAGAUCCCGUCCAGCAGCAGCAGCAGCAGCAGCAGCAGCAGCAGAGCGAGGCAACUUCGCCCCUGCAAGCGAGCCCAGGCAGCAGCGGCCAUCUGAUUCAGCUCACGGGUCGCGGCGGGUGCGGCAGCGGCUGGGCGGCGUGCUAUCCGCCAUCCACAGCAUGGCGGCUACUCGCGAUGGCACUCGCAGCCCGUUUGGGUUCAGGGGGGUGGGAGCUGGCAAUGAAGGUGCAGCAGCAGCAUCUACUGCUGCUGGUGCUGCUGCUCUGUAUGCCUCCACGUCAGCUGGGUGCAGUAGGCUGGGUACUGCUGCUUCUGUGAGCUGCGGGACCGGAGGAGGGGAGGGUGAGGAGUUUUACACGCCCAUGACCAAUUUGCCCUUCAGCCCGGAGAGUGCGGGGUAUAGUGGAGAUGGGGUGGAGGCGAGUGGAGGGGGGCAGGACGGUGGUGGUGGUGGAAGCGUGAAGGGGAGCAGGGUGAAGGGGCAUGGAUGGGGUGUGGGGCACGGAGGGGCUGUUGGUGGAAGUGCGAAGAAGCGAGGCUGGGGGAGUGGCGUUGGCAAGUGUGUUGGGAGUGAUGAGAACGCGCCCUUGAUUCCUGACGGCCCGCAAUCAAGUGAAGGGGUCAUGGCAUCUGCACCCUUGCACACUCCACCUGUUGCUGCGAGUGGAAGCAAGGUGACUGUCAGGACCGCCUUUGAAGCACCGGCACCAAUAUCUCAGCUCUCCGGGAGAUGGCAGCACGACAGACCACUUUCUGCAAGUCGUAGCAGCAGCAGCAAAAGCUGGUCCGAGCCGCGGCUACUCGUGAUGUGUGCGAAGUGGCUACUAAAAUCCGAGCCCGAGACGUGGUCAUGGGACGAUCAGGUGGCGAAGAAAGUAGAGCCGUGGGACGGCGUGCGAAACCACCAAGCGGCGAACAACAUGAAAGCCAUGAAGACCGGCGACCUCGCCUUCUUUUACCACUCAGGCAAGGAGCGUCGAGUCAUGGGAAUUGUCCAAAUCUGCAAGGAGUAUUACCCCGAUCCCAGCGACAAGUCGGAGAAAUUCGGCAUGGUGGAUGUGGAGACCGUUGAGGCGUUCCCGAGCCCGGUCACGCUGCGUGCUAUUAAGGAGGACUCGCGAUUGAGGCACAUCGCGUUGGUGCGCCAAUCUCGGCUAUCGGUGAUGCCUGUUGACGAAGCGGCUUGGGAUAUUAUCAAGGAGCUCGGGUUUAGAGCGCCGGAUUUGGAUGAGAAUGGAGAUAAGGAAGAGAAGGAAGGCAAGGAAGAGGGGAGAGAGGCAGGCAGAGGAGACAAGGGAGAAAAGGGAGAAAAGGGAGGGGGAGAGAUUUCUGAAGGGCAAGAAUCAGUUCAAGGUGGCAAGAAGGAGUUGGAGCAGUUUGGUCAUUCUGAGGGGGGACCCAAGAGAAGACGGAAGAGAAACUAA